AUGGCUGCAGCAGCAGAAGCUCCCAGCAGCAGCAGCAGCAGCAGCAGCAGCAACUACAUGCUCGCCGGCCUCAACUGCGCCAACAACGUCCAUCUCAUCAUCGGCACAAACCCCCUCGCCGCAGCACGAUGCUCCCAAUCGCUCGGUGCCGGCGCGCAUCCCGUGCUGGUUGCGCCCGAGACGGCAGAGCUGCAUUACAGCCUGCAGCGCAGAAUCGACGACGGCAGCGUCAAGUGGGUGCGCACGGCGUAUAGGGACGAGCAUCUCUUUGAGCUGGGCAGGGAGGAAGUGGGAAGAGUGGUUGAUGCCGUCUUUGUGACUUCGUCAAGAGAAGAGCUAGGCUCUCACAUCGCCUCUCUCUGCAAGGCCAACCGCAUCCCCAUCAACGUCGUCGACGCCCCCCGUCUCUGCACCUUCUCCCUCCUCUCCACCCACAACGACGGCCCCCUCCAAAUCGGCGUCACCACAAACGGCCGCGGCUGCAAGCUCGCCUCUCGCAUCCGCCGCGAAAUCGCCUCUUCGCUGCCGCCCAACCUGGGCGCCGCGUGUGAUCGCUUCGGCGAGGCACGGCGGCGCAUCCAGCAGUAUGACAGGGCAAACGGCCUGCCCAGCUCUGCAAGUCUUGGGGAAUUAGACGACUCCGUGGACCAGAGCGCGCUGUUCAACAAGCUCGUCACGGAGGAGGAUGCGCGCAACAGGCGAAUCCGCUGGUUGAGUCAGGUCUGCGAGUACUGGCCCCUGAAGAAGCUCGCCUCUGUCAGCGACGACGACGUCCACCGCCUGCUCGAGGCCUACGCCGUCACCGCAAAGGAAGACCUCGCAAAGCGCAUCCGAGGUAGCGACGGCGACGGCGACGGCAGCUCCUCUCAGCCGCUCGGCAAGAUCAUCCUCGCCGGCAGCGGGCCCGGCCACCCAGACCUGCUCACGCGCGCAACCUACAACGCCAUCCAGUCCGCCGACCUCGUUCUCGCCGACAAGCUCGUGCCGUCGGGCGUGCUGGACCUGAUCCCGCGCCGCACGCCCGUCGAGAUCGCCCGCAAGUUCCCCGGCAACGCCGAGCAGGCCCAGGAGGAGCUGCUCGCCGCCGCCCUCGCCGCCGCAAAGGCCGGCAAGACGGUCCUCCGCCUCAAGCAGGGCGACCCCUUCAUCUACGGCCGCGGCGGCGAGGAGCUGGCCUACUUCCGCCAAAACGGCUUCUCCGCCGCCGGUGCCGUCACCGUCCUGCCGGGCGUCACCAGCGCUCUGAGCGCGCCCCUAUUCGCCGCCAUCCCCGCCACGCAGCGCGACGUCGCCGACCAGGUCCUCAUCUGCACCGGCACCGGCAAGAAGGGCAAAGCCCCCGAGCCGCCGGAGUACGUCCCCUCGCGGACCGUCGUCUUCCUCAUGGCCCUCCACCGAAUCGUCGGCCUAGUCGCAGAACUCACCACGCCCGUCGAAAACGAACACUCCUCAUCAGAAACCACAGGCCCUUCAACAAGACCCCUCUGGCCCCUUUCCACCCCCUGCGCCGUCAUCGAACGCGCCAGCUGCCCCGACCAGCGCGUCAUCCGCACCACCCUCGCCCACGUCGCCGAGGCCAUCGAGACAGAGGGCAGCCGCCCGCCGGGCCUCCUCGUCGUGGGCCGCUCAUGCGAGUUUUUGCACCCCAGGGAGAAGGGCAGGGCGUGGACCGUCGAGGAAGGGUUCAGGGGGUUAGAAGACGUGGGGAUUGCUACGCAGUUGACGGGGCUGGGGCUGGCUGUUGGAGAAGCAUAA